AUGUGCUCCGAUGGGGCGGUGUUUGCGGCCAUGAACAGCCGCGGUAACAGGAAUACUCCAGCUGAACAUGAGGAUUACGAGGUCAUCCUACCGACUUUGCCCACAGGUCGUACAGUUUUGAAUACCAUAUUUUUACAUGCUGACGUGCGUGCAAGGCCUUAUCGAGUUGAAGAAUUCCGGGAUACGUUGGACCAUCUGGCACUGCUCCCUGAAGUGAUAGCCUUAGGGGCGUAUCAGAUGAGCCAUGUGUGGGCCGUCACCUUCAAGAACGCUGAAGGCGUCAAGAAAGCCCUGGCUAUAGGUGAAAUGAAAGUGAAAGGUCGCCGCUGUAUAGUGGUAGACCCGACGAAUCAAGACCUGCGCCUGAAGUUGCAUUGGCUGUUGUUCAACGUUCCCGAUGAAGAUGUACGCGCUGCACUUGCAAUGUUCGGCACUGUAACGGACGUCGCGAAAGAAAAGUGGCGAGUGUAUGGCAUCCAGGAGAAAACCACGACCACGCGGACGGUGAGCAUCAGGCUUCAUGCAGGCGUCAAGGUCGAUGACCUCCCACACCAGCUUCGUGUCGGUGGGGAAUUGGCGCUGCUAAUUGCUCCGGGAAGAGCACCAGUGUGUUUGCGGUGUCACACCACGGGGCAUAUACGGCGAGACUGCCGUGUCCCUCGCUGCGCACGGUGCCGCCGUUUUGGCCACGACGAGAGCUCGUGUGUGAAGACAUACGCAAGCGUAACAAGCCCAAUGGGAAAAACGGACGUCACAGAGCUCGUCAUGGACGAAGCUGACGCGGAAGAAGCUGCAGGAACGUCGCGACAAGUGAACCAAAAGGAGAUACGACCCAUAGACACGCCCUUGUAUCCACAAGAUAAUGGAAAGCAAGGAGACCGGUGCACUGUAGAAGAGACCGACGUAAGGGACUUGCCUGCAAAAAUCAGUGUAGGCACUGAAGAGGGCGAACCUUCAACAGAGCCAGCUAGUCAGUUCACGAGUAGCAUGGACGUCACGGAGGAAGACAGCAGAGACGCAGUCAGCAAACGAGGACGCGAAGCUGCAACAGACGACUCGGACGGACAAGACGUCGCUGGCGCUGGGGAACCGCCAACGAAAACGGUGGUGACUCGGCGUUCAUCAUUGAAGCCAAAGCCCAACAUUCCACCAGACAGAAAAGCGGUGCUGAAACCGCCAACGUAG